UUGAGUGUCCCGGCCCCAAGAGGAAGGCCAGCUCUCAGGAGCCACCUCUGCAGCUUGGGGGACGCCAGGUGGCCCUCGAAAGGCUUGCGAGCCCUGGAGCUGUCCCGUGACCCGGCGCCCCCUCCACUGGGUACGUGGCUCUGUUUCCUCAUCUGUAAACCCCAAAGGUUCAUGGAGAAAAAGUAAAAGACGUGAAAGCGCUCAGCACAGCCCCUGGUAUUUAGUAACUACUCGUGAUUGCUGCUGCCUCACGGCCUCAGCGGCGUGCAGUAAGGGGAGUCACAGUGAGUGAGCUGGGACACGCAGGCAGCCAGGAAAGGAGCACGUGGGGAGGCCUGAGUCCUGGCUGGGUGUAGACAAGGCGGAGUCAACUCACUUCUCUGAAAACUACGAGGUUGGAAUAGACGGUUACCAUGAGGAUAGUCCACUCAGAAGUCGUCAGAGCAUUUGGAGGGUGCAGAGUUCACCAUUGUCUCAAGACUGCCUGGUCCACACCUGUGUGAUCUGUGUGUAUGGCUUCCUCACCUGGGACCUGGAGGCUUACACGCUGGGGAGCGGCAGCUGCAAGGGACCCGAGGCAGGAGCCCUUGAGGGGCUCGGAAGACCCGCAUUCCUCCCCCAUUGUGAUGGGCGGGCUCUGACGCUAUGACAACAGGGACCACUCCCGGACUCCUCCUCCUGGUAGAGGCUGAGAAUUAAAGGUCAGGAACAAGGAGGAGUGGCUUCCCAGGUGUAGAAGUCAUGAGGCGAUGGAGGGAUAAGAGAGCCAACCUCAGCCCCCUUCAGCUUCCUGCAGAAAAUGGCCAAAGGGAGACACUUCAACCCACCUUUAGACAAGGAUGGAAGAUGGUUCCCUCACAUUGGACUAAUGCAGAAGACACCAGAAUCCAUCACACGUACGAUGUUAAAAGAGUCCAAUAGUCCACGUUUAUCUCGGCAAGUGGAGGAGAAGCUACCACCGAUCUACAAAGUGCGGGAGAAGCAAGCAGUAAAUAACAACUUCCCCUUCUCUGUACACGACAGUCGUCACAGCCUUCAGAACUCUGGAUUCUACCUUGACUCUGGCCUGGGACGUAAGAAGAUCUCCCCAGAAAAAAGGCAACACAUUUCAAGAAAUUUCAAUCUUUGGGCAUGUGACUAUGUUCCAUCUUGUCUCGAUGGCUUUUCAAAUAACCAAAUAUCAUAUGUCUGUCAGGAAGCUGUGGUGGUCCCAAUUUUCAGACGCUUUCCAAGACAUUAUAAUGAGUUACGGAACACUUUUAAAUUUAUUCCCCAGCAAAGCUAUACAGAGGAUUUGAAAAAGAAUCCAAAAGUAAGGUUCAUGAUUGACAAAAAGGCCGGUUCUCCACUGGAGCCCUAACCCUUCCAGAAGAUUCUUGAUGAGGUUUGCAAUAUUGUUAUUUCAUCGCACAUUCUAAAAGUAUGUAUUUUCUGAUCCAGCACUGAGGUUUGACAUAAGAUUUGUUUAGGAUUAGGGAAUAUAGACUGUAUGUGCCUCAAUGCUGAUGUGAAGUUUUCUUGCAGUGAUAACAUAAAGAAACAUAAAGUCCUUAUAUAGAGAAACCAGAAAGGCAACAGGUUGCCACUCCCCCACCUUUAAAGUAUUUUUAUGGUUUUAAUAAGGUUGAAGAAUAUUCAGGUCCUUAUAAAAUAAAGAUACGUGAUGACAUACACAU